AUGGAAAUGAAAAGCUAUUCUGAUAUUAUCAAAAGUAGGAAUGCCAUAUCAAAUAUUGUUUCUACAUGUAAAGAUUUCUCAUGGACUGCUUUACAACAAACUUUGAAAGACACAAAUAUUAUUAACGCAAUAAAUCAGUUGUUAAGUAUAUAUCAUCCUGAUGACGGUAUAAUUGCAUAUGAACGUGUAUUAAAAGCUUUACUUAUUUUAUCUAAAAAUUUGGAUAAUAGUAUACAGCAACAAAUAAUUUCUGUAGUACCAUUACCAAAAGGUGUAUCAAAUGACAAAAUAAGGAAUCUAAUAUAUAAAAUUACUGAACUGAUUAAAGCAUCUAAUAUUAAGUCUUCAUAUCAAAAAAUUAUCACAGUUCCUGAAAAAUCUAACAAGGAAAUAUUAAAUGACAACUCAAAGAUCCAUCUAAACCAAAAUAUUUUGCUUAACACAUCUCAUAAUUUUGAAUUAAAUGAAAAGUUUGUAUCUUCAGUACCUAAAGUAUUUAAAGGUUUUCCUCCUAAUGAAAUUUCAACCAUUCAUAAUCAUGUGAACUACAUGUAUGAUACAUUGAAUUAUAAUAUUUCAUGUAUAAAACCUCAUGUUAAUAUUAAACAAAACUUUACAUCAAAAGUUUUAACUAAUGAACAAGAAUCGUUAAAACUACAAUCAAAACUAAAAUGGUUCAACACUCCUCAUCUUCUGUAUAAAACUAAUUUUUAUCAAAACUCUACAUCAGAUUACCAACAACAGUUUUUUAAAUCAAUGGAUGAUAAAUACUUUCAAUUGUCCAUUGACAGAUUCAAUAAUUGGAAUCAUUGUAACAUAACUGAUGUGCCUCAUACAUUAGAUCAGAAUACUACAUGUUUAAAAAAACUACAUAAAAGUGCAAUUACAAAUAAACAGAAUAAAAAUGAGAUCUUAAAUUUAGAAGUAACAUGUAGUGACAGAUUUAUACAAACAGAAACAAAUUAUGAGAUUUUAGAUAAUGGUGAUGUAAAUAAAAAUUCCAAAAAAUAUAGCAGUAUAAAUAAAAAUAAAAUUUUUAACAUGGAGACACAAUAUUUUAAGCAAGAAUUAAACGAUGAACAAGCAAUUCAACAAGAUAUAUAUAAAAUGGAUGUUGUACAUUAUGAGGAAGAAAGAAAAGAUACAAUAAUCAAUAUACAGAAUUUCCAAUAUUGCCUUGGACAAAAUCUCUGUAUGUAG